GUCCAGGCAUCGCGCAGUCUGAGAUGGAGAAGUACGAGUUAGGAGCGCCUCUCGGAGAGGGAGCUUUUGCUGUGUGCAGGUUAGGGAAGAGCAAGGCCACGCCAGAUCUAAAAGUGGCGGUCAAGACAGUCUUGCGAUCGCAUCCGCACUUUGACAUGAAAGCGCUGAAUCAUGAGAUCACAAUUAUGAGGGCAGCAAAUCACCCCAAAUGUAUUGGGCUAAUCGAAGUCAUCGAAGACAAGCAGGCCGUUCACUUGGUCGAGGAACUGGCUUCUGGGGGCGAACUGUUUGAUAGGAUCGUUGCUCUCGGCCGAUUUACCGAGAAGGACGCGGUGUUCCUGGUGCACCAGGUGUUCGACGGCAUCGCAUACCUCCACUCGAUCGACAUCGUCCAUCGCGACUUGAAGCCUGAGAAUCUCCUCAUGGUCGGCAGGGAUGAGUCGGACCCUUCAUACAUGCAAAUCAAGAUCGCAGACUUCGGGCUAAGUGCCAUGAAAGCCAACGCCAAGUCCGAUGAGGAGUGGAGCAAGGAGAUGAGGGAAUUCUGUGGUACACAAGACUACCUGGCACCGGAAGUCUUCAAGAUUGCUGCCCUUGGCAAGAAAGCUGGUAACUUACAGUACGACGCCAAGGUCGACGUUUGGUCGGUUGGAGUCAUUUACUACAUCAUGUUGUGCGGAUAUCCUCCUUUCUACUCGGAGGACAACGACAUGUUGAAGAUGAUCCAACAGAUCAUGCACGCGAAGUUCAAAUUCCAUUCCCCCAAGUGGGACUCUGUCUCCUCUGACUCCAAGGAUUUCAUCAUGAAGUGCCUGACGGUCGACACUUCAAAACGGCCGUCAGCUGCUGAGUGUAUGAAGGAUCCCCUCUUUGCUAACAAUCAUGUCUUCUCCGAACAAGCUCUUGACGUCAAGGAUGAUCUGCGCGAGUUCUUGUCUAAGCGCAGGAAGAAGGUGCUCGGAGCGGUCAAAGCUAUCGCACGCAUGGAGACAAUCGCCAACUUCAAGUUCUUUCGGGAUCCGAAAGAUCCUACACAGCGCGAGGCUGAGAGAUUGUUCCGCACCAUCGACAGCCUUGGGAACAGCAACGGCUUCUUGGAGCUGUACGAGGUCAUCUUGUACAUCCAGGAGUACAUGCAGCACAUGUUCUACAAGAAGAACAGCAUGGGGGACAACGUAGUGGAUGAGAAGAAGCUGAAGGACUUUGCAUCAAACCUGAGGAACUUGGUUGACACGAACAAGGACGGAGCCAUCUCCUUGGAGGAGUUUGUUCAAGGGUUCGUGACGUGGAAGCACUUCAUCGAAGAGCAGGAGAAGGCUUCGUAAGCACUCGGGACGGGAUGACUCUAGACUCUGUACUAUUGGCGUGUAAUCUUUCAUUUUGAUUUUGUGCAUAAAUUAAUGAUUCCUCGG